AUGAGCCAACUUGCUCAGCAACUACAAGAUCCUCCUGUAAAAGAGCCAUCAAAGAAGGUUGCAGAUGACAUAGUUGAGAUUGAGGAAGUGGUUGAGAAUGAGGUUGUUGAAAAAGAAAAAAAGGAACCUAGCCCUACUCCCAUUACACCAUACAAGCCGCUAGUUCCAUUCCCACACAGAUUGGCGAAGGUAAGGCUAGAGGAGAAAUAUGGGAAGUUCCUUGAUAUUAUGAGGAAGCUGCACAUAAACAUAUCAUUCAUGGAUGCUAUCUCCAAGAUGCCUUCUUAUGCAAAAUUCUUGAAGGACAUGCUCUCAAACAAGAAGAAGCUCGAGGAGAACGCAAAUGUUCCAUUAACAACUGAGUGCAGCGCUAUCUUACAGAAUGAGCUUCCAAAGAAGCUUGGAGAUCCUAGAAGCUAUUCAAUUCCUGUCAAGCUUGGUGAUCUUGAAAUAAAGAAAGCUCUAUGUGAUCUUGGGGCGAGUGUUAGUCUAAUGCCCUUAUCUAUUUGUGAGAAGCUUCAAUUAGGUGAACUAAAGCCCACACGCAUCUCUUUACAACUAGCUGAUAGAACCGUGAAGUUUCCACUUGGUAUUCUUGAGAAUGUCCCUCUUCGCGUUGGAAAGUUUUAUAUACCAUGUGACUUUGUGGUAAUGAAGACGAAGGAAGAUGCGCAAGUCCCUAUCAUUCUUGGGAGACCUUUCUUGGCCACUGCUGGAGCUGUCAUUGACAUGAAGAACGAGAAGAUCACAUUUGAAGUGGGUGAUGAGAAGAUGGAGUACAAUCUUAUAAACUCCAUGGAAUCCCCUUCUUCGGGGCUGAUUAUCUAUAGAUUGGAUGCUCUAAAGCUGGCUCCUGCAGUUACAAGAAGGGUACAAGUCAUGGAAGAUCAACUAAAAUUACUUGAGCAACAAAUUGAAAUCCAAGCACAAAAGAGUCUGGAAUUUCAAGAAAAUAUGAUGCAGAUGGUUUCUGAUCUGGGUGAUAAGUUGAAGGAGGCAGAAGAUUCAAGAAACUCAUAA